AUGGGCUCUCAAGCCAAGGUAGCCUUUGUUUCUGGGGGCAAUGGAAUCAGUGGGAAUGCAAUAAUUGAGCAAUUGAUUCGUACUUCCUCCGAUGAUUGGUCCAAAAUUAUUGUCUCCUCCAAAAGCGUGCUUCUCGAACGGUGGCAAGAUCCCAGAAUCGAGUUUAUCGCACUAGAUUUCUUGGAGCCAGUGGAUUCGAUCAUUAAACAGAUGACACCGUCCUGUCAGGCUAUUACACAUGCCUUUUAUACUUCAUACGUCCACUCCGAAGAUUUUGCCAAACUUCCAGAGUACAACAUUCCACUCUUCAAGAACUUUUUGACCGCUGUCGAUUCUGUCGCGGGGAAAAACCUGUUGAGGGUUUGUCUCCAAACGGGCGCCAAAAAUUAUGGACUGCAUCUUGGACCUAUGGUCCAUUGUCCAGCGACAGAAGAUCUUCCUCGGUAUAACGACAAAGGCGAAAAUUUCUACUUCGCUCAAGAGGACUAUCUCUUCGAGCUUGCAGCAAAACGGCACUGGCAUUAUUCGGUGAUUCGGCCCAAAGCUAUCAUAGGUUAUAGCCCCAGCAAAAAUGGUAUCUCUGAAUCCAUUACAUUAGCCAUCUAUUUCCUGAUCUGCAGGGAGCUGGGUGAAGAGGCACGCUUCAUGGGCAACAGGUUCUUCUGGGAAAGCACCGAUGAUCAAUCGUAUGCUCCCAGCCUUGCAGACAUGACUCUUUGGGCCAUGACAGAGGAAAACACGAAAAACCAAAUUUUCAACCAUGCGAACGGCGAUGUCGUUGUCUGGAGGCACUUGUAUCCAAAGCUUGGCGCCUACUUCGGUGCCAGAACUGAGGAUGCCACAUCUUCGGCUGCUCUUCUUAACGAGCAAGCAGCACCAACCUUUUCAAUGGCUGAAUGGGCGAAGGAUAAGAGAGAAGUCUGGGAUCGAAUCUGCACAAAAUAUGGCGGCAAUGAAAAGGCGUUCGACUGGGCCACAUGGGAUGCCAUGGACUGGGUCGGCUCUAUGACCUGGCUUACUCUGGUUUCUCUGCAAAAGGCGAGGCGUUUUGGCUGGAGCCGAUACGAUGACACCUUCGAGACUUGGAUUCAGACUUACAAGACGUACGAAAUGGCAGGAAUUUUGCCACCACAUGAUGAGAUGGUGCCGGUAUAUAAGAGCCCUAUCAACAAUGCAUAG